AUGGCUGCAUCUGAGCUAACAGGCAUAAAAUCUGACUUUAACAAGAAAAAAGUAAUCGAAGUGGCCCUUGGAAGUUCAGUUGGUUUUAUUCUUAUAUGCCUAGCUGUGGUAGUGUAUAUUAGGAAGAAAUGGUCUCAUGCACAAAUUCAAGGUACUCUGAUGAAGACCCUUUGUGAAGACUAUACAGAUGGAGGCCAAAAUAAAGAUGUAGAGUUGCCAUUUUUCAGCUUUUCUGAAGUAUCUAAGUUGACAAAUAACUUCUCAACUGACAAUAAGCUAGGACAAGGUGGCUUUGGUCCGGUUUACAAGGGUGUAAUGGAAGAUGGGAGAGAAAUAGCUGUGAAGCGACUAUCAGAAACAUCUACACAAGGAGUUGAUGAGUUUAAAAAUGAAGUUAGAUGUAUUCACAGACUUCAACAUCGAAAUCUUGUGAAGCUUCUUGGAUUCUGUGCUCAAAAAAAUGAAAUCAUGUUGAUUUAUGAAUACAUGCCAAACAGAAGCCUAGAUCAAAUUUUAUUUGAUGAGACCAGAAGUUCAAUGCUUGAUUGGAAUCACCGAUGCCGCAUCAUCAAUGGAAUUGCACGAGGGCUUCUUUAUCUGCAUCAAGAUUCCUGCCUUCGUAUCAUACAUAGGGAUCUUAAAGCUGGUAAUAUUUUGUUGGACAAUGACAUGAACCCAAAGAUAUCAGAUUUUGGGCUGGCUAGAAGAUUUAAAGGAUACGAAACUGGAUCUAACACAAAGAAUGUGGUUGGAACUUAUGGUUACAUCCCUCCAGAGUAUGCAGUUCACGGGAUUUUCUCAACAAAAUCAGAUGUAUUUAGCUUUGGUGUUUUGGUGCUGGAAAUAGUAAGUGGGAUGAAAAACCGAGAAUUCUCUUCUCAAGAACACGGCGACAACCUUCUUGGACAUGCAUGGAGGCUGUAUAAAGAUGACAAGAGUCUUGAUCUGGUUGGUCGAUCUUUAAGGGAGUCAUGCAUCAUCUUGGAGGUGCUGCGGUCAAUACACAUUGGUCUUUUGUGUGUGCAGAAUCAGCCAGAAGAUAGGCCGACAAUGUCAUCUGUGGUAUUGAUGCUUGGUAAUGAUGGUGUCUUGCCUCAGCCUAAACCACCUGCCUUUUUCACCGAGCCUGAUCUCCACCCAGUUGCACCAACCACGCAACAGUUUUCUGUUGUUAAUAUCACUACAUCAUUGACAGGUCGAUAGAACGAAUUUUCAUAUAUUUCGAAGCUCAUAAACCAUACAAUAUUUCGCGAUAUCUUCCCAAUGCAGCUUAACUCCUGAACAUAUAUAGUUUUGGGUUACUUCAUCCGGCCAAUAAAAAAUUGAAGUAAAUAUGUUUUCAGUCUUGUAUUUCUGCAC